AUGGCCGAUCUCGAUCGCAUACCCCCGUCAACAACCGCCUAUGUAGUCGCGACUGCCAUCAUCGCCGGCGUCACGGGCUACUUCCUCGGCCAGGGAUCUUCGCUCGGCCUGUUCUCGACCAAAGAGAAGGAAGGCUGGCCGAAUAGCUACAACGUGAAGGUGCACCGGGACUCCUCGGAUGAGGAGGGCGACGACGAAGACGACGACGAGGAAGAGGAAGAGGAUAGCGAGGAGGAAGGCGACGGCGGCGAAUUGGCCAAUUUCGAGGGGAACAAUGAAGAGGUGAAGCUGGUGCUGGUGGUGAGGACGGAUUUGGGCAUGACGAAGGGAAAAAUCGCCGCCCAAUGCUCCCAUGCCACCCUCGCCUGCUACAAAUACCUCACAGCCUACACUCCCAACUCCCCGAUCCUGCGCCGCUGGGAACGCCAGGGCCAAGCGAAGAUUGCGCUGCAGAUCAAAUCCGAAGAGGAGCUGCAAUUGCUGCAGGCGCAGGCCAUCAGCCUGGGUCUUUGCGCGCGCGUGAUACAGGAUGCCGGACGGACUCAGAUCGCCAGUGGGAGUCGCACGGUGCUGGGGGUUCUGGGACCCAAGAGCGUGGUGGAUGGUGUAACGGGGCAUUUGAAGUUGUUGUAG